UAAGUAUAGUUUAAGAGCAAGAAUAAGAAGCUUUGGGGUCACAUGUUAAUUUAGAGUAUCAUCUGAAACCAAGAGUCUCUAGUAGUGCAGGGAGAAACCAUACACACACUAGACCAGGCACACCCUCUGUCCCUCUUCCAAGGGCAUUUAGUUAUGGCCACUUAACUUGAGGCCUUAGGAAUCUCCUAAGUAAAGGGAGAUAGAGAAUCUUAAAUUUUAUCCACCUUUCAGCAAUGUGGUUACACCUCUUUAAUAGUGAUGGGCCUUAGACGUGGAGGCAUGAGGCAUUUUGAAAGUUAAUAAUAACUAGCAUUUACUGAGCAUUCACUAUGUGCCAAAUGCCUUAUCACAUUUAAUCCCCACAUCAACCCUAUAAGGUACAUGUUAUUAAAGCUCCCUUUUACUUUCAGAAACUGAGGCACAGAGAUUUUAUUUGUCUAAGAUUGCAAGACAUUAAGUGGCAGAAGCAGAUCUUUUCGUCACAUUUCAUGCGCCAAGUCACUCAGCUGUAAACCUAACGUGACAGGUUGCCUUUGAGAGGUUGCAAAUGUCUAUCCUGCUCCCACCCUGGUGCCACCCAGCCUGACCAGCACUGAUCAAAGACCCAGCCAGGCAGGGGAUGGAGGCCGAGAGACCCCAGGAAGAAGAGGAUGGUGAGCAGGGCCCCCAACAGGAUGAGCAUGGUUGGCCCCCUGUGAACACCAACACUCGGCCUUGGCGAUCUGCUCCUCCGUCCCCUCCUCCUCCAGGGACCCGCCACACAGCCCUGGGACCCCGCUCGGCCUCCCUGCUCUCCCUGCAGACUGAGCGCCUCCUGGACCUGGUAGCUGAGGCCCAGUCCCGCCGCCUAGAGGAGCAGAGGGCCACCUUCCACGCCCCCCAGAACCCCCCAAGCCGAGUUCCAGCCCCACUUCGGCCUCUUGAGGACAGAGAACAGCUCUAUAGCACCAUCCUCAGUCACCAGUGCCAGCGGAUGGAAGCCCAGCGGUCAGAGCCUCCCCUACCUCCAGGGGGGCAGGAGCUCCUGGAGUUGCUGCUGAGAGUUCAGGGUGGGGGUCGAAUGGAGGAGCAAAGGUCCCGGCCCCCCACACACACCUGCUGAGACUUGAGCCCCACACCAGCCCCUCUGCACUCCUGGGGCUCAAAGCUGGGCAGCCCGUUGCAUGCCAUCAACCCUGCUUGGCAGGGCCACUAGAGACUGGAAGACCCAUCAGAAAUCUCAAUAUUCAUCGCCUUCAUCUACCUUCCCUGGGAAUUGGAGGGGGUGUAAGUCCUCAAACCUUAGGAAUAGUCAAGGUAGGAUGGUCAUUUAACUCCCUCCCCAGUACAUGGGAGCUUGAGGCAGUGAGAAGAUCCCAGCCACCAAGGGAUACUACAACCCCUCCUCUGAUCGCAGGGAGUGGCUGGGAGUCUUGGUCCUGAGCUGUGGGGACACCCCCAGUAGUCAAGCCACUAGACAGGAUCUGAGGGCUCAGACCUCCAUCUCCCAAGAAAAGGCAUAUCUCCCAAGGUUGUGACCUGAGUGAGUGUUCCACCCUUCUUCCCAAUAAGAAAAGAAGGGAGAGUGGGCACAGCAAAGAGAUAAAGACUCUUCUCUCACCCCCACCACAGCAACCGCAGUCCCAAGACUGAGGGGCCUACAGGCUGUGAAUGGACAUUUAGCCCUGCCCACCCUCCCCACUGCUGCUCUGAGUCUGUCUGAUGUUUUGACUGUACGAAUAAAUAUAAUUCCCCUCCGGACUGAAGACUGGUGUCUGGGGCUGCCGGGUGGAGGGUAGGAAGGUGAGGCCAGAGGCCGCUUCUCUCCUCAGUCUGGCCAUAGGCCAGCUCCCCUCCCUGGCUGGUUAAUUACUGGCUCAUUAAGCAGCGGCUGGAGACCUCCCUAAUUAUCCCCCCCCAACCCCCCCUCCCGGUUUUAAUUAAAUA